GCUUCUCCCCAGCUGCGGGGGGCCGUGACCAUGGGGCCCGCGGGCCGCGUCCUGCUGCUGGCUGCGGGGCUGCUGGCGCUGGAGGUCUGCGCCGGCGCCCGCUCCUUCCAGGUGGAUUACGCCCACGACUGCUUCCGCAAGGACGGCACCCCCUUCCGCUACAUCUCGGGCAGCAUCCACUACGCCCGCGUCCCGCGCCCCGCCUGGCGUGACCGUCUCCUGAAGAUGUACAUGAGCGGCCUCAACGCCGUGCAGGUCUACGUUCCCUGGAAUUACCACGAGCCGCUGCCCGGGGUCUAUGACUUCUCUGGGGACCGAGACCUGGGACACUUCCUGGACCUGACGGCAGAGCUGGGCCUUCUGGUGAUCCUGCGGCCCGGGCCCUACAUCUGCGCCGAGUGGGAGAUGGGUGGCCUCCCUGCCUGGCUGCUGUGGAAACCAGACAUUGUCCUGCGCUCCUCUGACCCAGAUUAUCUGCAGGCCGUGGAUUCCUGGCUGGAUGUCCUGCUGCCCAGGAUCAAGCCCCGGUUGUACCAGAACGGAGGGAACAUCAUCAGCAUCCAGGUGGAGAAUGAGUAUGGGAGCUACUCCGCCUGCGACUACGACUACCUGCGGCACCUGCUGGCCGCCUUCCGCACCCGGCUGGGGCCCGACGUGCUGCUCUUCACCACCGACGGCAACAGCGCCGCCGAGCUGCGGUGCGGCACCCUGCAGGGGCUCUACACCACCGUGGACUUCGGGCCAGGCCCCAAUGUCACAGCCGCGUUUGCCCCUCAGCGACUCUAUGAACCCAAGGGACCUUUGGUGAACUCGGAGUACUACACGGGCUGGCUGGACUACUGGGGAGAGCCGCACGCCAGCAGCAGCCCCGUGCAGGUGGCUCGGGGUCUCCAGGACAUGCUGCAGCUGGGAGCCAACGUCAACAUGUACAUGUUCCAGGGGGGCACCAACUUCGGCUACUGGAGCGGUGAGUCCACCCCUCACCCGCCCAUGUGGAGCAGGGGACCCCUGGAGGGCACAGGGCUGGCGGGUGCUUCCUGGCGGGUCCCUGCACGGCUGUGGUACCUGGGCAUUCACCCGUCCUACCGGAGCCUGGGCCGGCGAGCCCCGUCUCUGCCCACCCCUGGGUGCUCUCAGCUGUCAGCAGCACUGCACUGGGCUCCUGUAGCCCAGGCCAGCACCGGCCCCCUCCUCCCGGAACGCGCCAGGCCACGGUCCAUGUGGGUUCCAUGCCGCGGGCCAGGCCCCGUUCCCACAGAGCUCCCAGCAGUCCCUGGCCCUUGCCCCCAUCUCCCUGGGCUCGCCAGGCUGCAGCCUUGGGCCAGUGGGGGGCACCGUUGGGGCCCAGGAAGGGGCACGGCAGGGCCCAGCCCUGGCUCAUGGCACCUGCCUUGGCCAGGUGCUGACUACAAGGGCUGCUACAAGCCAGUCACCACCAGCUACGACUACGAUGCGCCGCUCUCGGAGGCCGGCGACCCCACUGAGAAGCUGUUUGCCAUCCGGACGGUCAUCGGCAAGUUCCAGCCCCUGCCUGAAGGUCCGAUGCCACCUGCCACCCCCAAGUACGCCUACGGCCACGUGCCCCUGCGGAAGCAGGGCGAGGUGCUGGAGCUGCUGGACGUGCUGUGCCCUGGCGGGCCCAUCCGGAGUCAGUUCCCCCUCACCUUCGAGGCCGUGAAGCAGGCUCAUGGCUUCGUCCUGUACCGGACGCGCCUGCCCCGGGACGUCUGGGAUCCGGCCCCUCUGAGCGCCCCUCCAAACAGCGUCUGCGACCGCGCCUAUGUGCUGCUCAACGGGGAGUACCAGGGGAGGCUGGAGCGUGAUGGGCAGAUGACACUGAACCUCACGGGCCAGGCUGGUGCCAGGCUGGACCUGCUGGUGGAGAACAUGGGCAGGAUCAACUUUGGUGUGAACGCCAGUGACUUCAAGGGCCUGCUCCAGAAUCUCUCCCUGGACUCGGCUCUGCUCAGUGACUGGCUGAUUUACCCCCUGGACGUGGACUCGGCCGUGACACGGGGCUGGCCCCUGCCCACCACCCAGGCAGAGGGGAGCAGGGCCGGGCUGGGGCCGGCGCUCUACACUGGGGCCUUCCAGACCCCUGGCGUCGCCUGGGACACCUUCGUGAAGUUCCCCGGCUGGAGCAAGGGCCAGCUCUGGAUAAACGGCUUCAACGUGGGCCGGUAUUGGCCGGUGCGGGGCCCCCAGCAGACGCUCUUCGUGCCCGGCUCGCUGCUGAGCGCCUCAGCCCCCAACAACAUCACCCUGCUGGAGCUGGAGGGGGCCCCCCCCAGGCCCUUCGUGCUGUUCCUGGACCGGCCCCUGUUCAACCAGACUGUCAGCGCCCGGGCUGGGACUGAGCUGCGGCCUCCCUAACACAGCCCCCAGUACCUCCUGGGCCCCCCAGCUGGGCUGAGGGCAGAGUCAGCUGCAGCUCAGGUGCCUCUGGCCAUCCUCCCCUGGCGAUGCCCAAAUGCCCUGGCCCCAGCAGGCGGGGGGAGUCCUGCCCCCACCCUCACUCACAGGGUCCGUUGCAGCCAGAGGAGGUGGACAGCCUGGCUCCCGCUGCCCAGAACAGCAUCCUGGCCCCCCAGGGCUGGGCCUGUCCCUCUGCCAGCGGCAGACCCCAAGUGUAGCCUCUGGGGACGGGCAGGGAUCAGUCCCAGCUGCCCGCAGCAGACCGAGCCGAGGCCCCUGGAGGCCCGCCAAAGGGAGACAUGGCGUUCACUGCCGGCAGCUUGCCCUUUAUUGCCAGGUUCGGGGUGCGUUGCAGCCGUGUGCUUGGGGUGGGGGGCGCGUGGAGGCAGCACGGCCAGGGAGCUGGUUUCCUGCCUGCCGGCUCAUGCCCCAGAGGCUGGGCACCAAGAGUUACAUUUUAUUACCCGUUAAAAAUCUUGUGCCUUC